GAUGGAGAACCAUUUAGAAGCGGUGCAAAAUCGCUUAACGCAAGUUGCACUUUUGAGGGUCAGCGUCAAGCUUAUAUGAUCUCUUAUGUUUAGACACACCAAGUUGGAGUAGCGAAACAGAUCGAUGUUCAUCUUCCAAUUAUCUCAGGAUUGCAGAAUUUCAAUAAAGACAAUGUUGCUUCAGUUGUUACUGCUGCAGAGAAGGGGGGAGCAACUCGUGGAUAUAGCUUGUGACCCAGAGUUAGUGAAGCUUGCCAUCAUUGCUGGUACUUCUUCCCAUCCUUGCACUUUCAGAAAGCAAGAAGCUGAAUAUGAAGAGGAAGCUUCUGAGGAAGAAGGAUCUCAAAAAGGAUUUGAAGAAGAAUCUGAAGGAAAUAAUGAACAGAAGCUGAAAGGCACUCAAGGUAUUAUCCAGAUUGAAAAUCCUAAUUUGGUAAAGCCAAAGUCCUUGAAAGCCAGAGAUAUCGAUUUGGGGAAAACAACUGAACUUUCAAGGCGUGAAAGAGAGGAGAUAGAGAAACAAAAAGCUCAUGAGCGAUAUAUGAAAUUGCAAGAACAGGGGAAAACAGAACAAGCUAAGAAAGAUUGAGGCAUCACAGAAGCAUUACUGCACUUACAAGCACAUACGCGGGAAAGAGAAUAUUGAUGAAGAAUGGUGCACUUUUGACCUAUAUGGC